AUGGCUCUCUCUACCUCAUCCUUAUCCUUUCCCCCUGACCUCUUCUCUCCUCUCCUGCGCCGCCGCUGGCCCAGCGCGGCCGCCGUGCUCCUCCUCCACUCGUGCCUCCCAAGCUGCUUCGCCGGAAGCAAUGCGAGGGCCCUGCCCCGGUGGAGGCGCCUCAGCGUCCUUGGCCCCCAGCUUCAACGGCUUCCGAGCCAUGAUCUGGAAUUUGCUAUGCUAGCCAGGCGGUUGAAUUGCUGCCCACUUUGUGCCCUGAAAUCGUGGUCCGAGACGCACGGCUCGAGGACUGCUGGGAAGUGGCUGACACUCACUGCAGCUCGUUCUUUCCUGGUUACAAGUUCCCGUUGGACCUUGUUCUCCGGAUUGAUCGUUACAUUGCUCUCCUGUCUGGAUUUUCAGUUCCACCCGGGUGCACGAAGACUUGCCUUGUGGCCGUUAAUUCUAAUUCUGUAA